GCGUUGAAAGCUUGAUAUAUAUUAAUAAUUAAUUUCAUACAAAAAUAUUUGCAAAUAACAAGAAAAUAACAACAGAAACAAACACAAUUCACAAAAAACCAAAUUUUUUUAUCUUUUAAAAAAACUUGAAAUAAAACCAUUAUUUUCUUAAAAGCAACUCCUUCCCUUAUUAACCAAAUACCAAAUCCUCUAUUAUCUAUUAUUUAUACACAAUUAACAAACAAACAAACAAUAAAUCUGAAAUGAUGCAACAACUCCUCCUCUCUACCUAAAGCUAUCCCUUCCCUUAAUUUGAUUAAUUAAAGUUCUUGUCAUAAUAGUCUUAGUAAUUAACUUAAUAAAUUGGAAACGAAGAACAAUUAACAGCUUCUUCAAAUGAAUUGGAAAGCUUCUGUGUAGGAAGAUCCAAAUAAAACACAAUGCUUCUUAACACUGAAUUCGAGGGACAAAAGAAAAAUAAGACUUUCCUUAAGCUUGAAAGAAAGAAUAGAGAAAAGAAAGAAACAGCUGUUCUUGUCAAUAUUGCACAAGAAAACUAAUCUAUUUCUCAAAUGAUAAACUUCCCAUCAAGAUUUUUAAACCCUCUCCAAAGCACUUUCCGCAUCUAAGGAGAUAUCAUGAUAAAUGAAGAUGCCAUUAAGGCUUCCUUGGGCAUGAUCGACAAUUCUCACUUGGCCAAUUCCAUUAUUCCUAUUCUUAGUUGCGUAAAUCUAUUUAAAAAUGUUGUUGAGGUUGUACUCUCCAAAAAUGACUCCAUUUGCAAUGUCUACUUUAGAGAUUUGGGUGUUGACUUUAUUGACUGGAGAUACAUCGUUUAGCGCUUCGAAAGUUACAACAAUUAGUAGUUCAAAAAGAUUGCUGACUUGAUUAAAAAAUUAGGAGAAACUAUCCCUGAGACUGAAAAUAAUAAAAAAAUCAGCUUAACCAGCUGUGAUUCCUCUACUUAACUUUGUAACAACAGUAUUUUUAGCUCUCCUUACCUUAAAUCUGAAACAGCUAUUUCACCAAUUAUCGCUGAAUGCCCUAUUUAAACUGUUGCCCCUACCACCACAGGUGGAAAAAAGGUCUCAAAGGGCAAGAUUCAAUCCAUGAACGAAUUAAAGUGUAUCGAAAAUGAAAUCAACAAGACAGGCAAGGACUCUCUUACAUAUACCUUCUAAAUGAAGAAAAACACUUUAACAUCAAUGCAUUUCUCAAAAUCCUUCUUGGAACGUGCUGGAUGGGAAAUUUCUCAAUUCUCUAUGUUCUGUCUUUACAACGGACUUCCCGAAUUACUUUCAUAUGAAGAAUACUACAACACAGUCAUAAAUAUGUUAACUGAAAGAAUAAAUGCAAAGAUAAACUCUGUCUCCGAUUCUCACGUUGAAUCUCAUAUGAACUAAGUUUAUCUCUCAAAGGUCGGAAACAAGAUCGAAACAUAAACAAAAUACAGCAUCGUCUCAACUACAUCUGGAAUCAGCAUCAUUAAUCAAGUUGUUAACAUUAAGAAUGAAUAAAACAAAAAAACAAUUGCUGCUCCCCCUCAAAAGGUUAGAGGUAGAAAACACUUCUCCUAAAGCGAAUAAAAUACUCUUGAAUAUAACUUAGAAUGUCCUUUGAAUGAAAUGGACAGACACCAACACAGAGUAUGUAAAUACAGAAUCCUUCACGAUAAAUACAUUAUUUCAAACGUCGAUGCUUUCAUGUAAGCUAAAACCUCCCACAAUUUCUUUGAUAACUGAGAAAAACAUUGAAAAAUAAUAAAGAAACAAAUAAUCAGAGUAUUUCAAUUAAAAAUAGCUUUUCCUUAGAUUAGAAAUUUUAACAAAUUUUUGAUGAAAUCUAGUUAAAAAAAUAUAAAUCAAACAAAAAAGUAAUGUAAAUAAAUACCUAUUUCCUUCCUGAUUGAAAAAUAAAAUUAAACAAGAGUAACAUAAAACUAAUAAUUAAAUCAAAAUAUACCACUUAUUAUCCUACUAUAUAAUAAACAAACACAACACUUGAAUUAACAAAUAAAUACCACCUUAAUAAAAUUCACAACACAAUUCAUAAAUUUAAUGAAUAACUUAAUAAACCUUCGCCUUUAUGCUCAAUGAUACUAUUUAUCAAUGACUGAAAAUAUUGAUUACACUAAAAUCUAUUUAAUUUUGGCAAUUAAAUUGUAAGACAAAAAUAUCCAAUUAAUAUAAAUCCUCCUUAAAUAUUAUAAGAGCCUAACUAAAACCACAUAUUUUGCCUAUUGGCUGAGUAAGGAUAUUAGGCAUUUGAUUUAGUGUAAAGACCAUUAAUAAAUAGUUAGAAGAGAAAGAGGUCGGGAAGGUCACAAUAACUUCUAUAUUAUAAUAACAAACAAAAAAUAAGAAAACCAAAAUUAAAAUAUAAAUCAACAUACAAAUAAUAACAAAAUUUAAUUAUUAAAAUAUAUUUAUUCUAAUCCAAAAAAUUUAAAAAUGCAGUCAUACUGAAUUAAUUUAUUAAAAAAGUGUUUUAUAUUACUUAAUAUAUCUUAUUAAAAUAAAAUUAAACAUUUUAAUCUAAAUAUAUUUGCUCAAUUUAUUUAUUUAUUGGAAUAAUAAACAAACAAUCUAUUUUUUUUUAGCUUUUUUUCCAUCUGAUUUUAUCUUAUCCACUGGUUUGUUUAAUGUGUCAGAUAAACAAAAUAAAUAAAUAAAUAACAAACAAACAAACAAACAAAAAAACAUAAAGAUUGAAUUCUUUUCUAUCUGAAAAUAAAUUUCAAUAAGAAUUAAUCUGCCUUUAUAUUAUCAAUACACUUUAAUUCGGUUUACCCCAUAGAUUUAAAAAAUCUUAGUAUACCACAAAC